GGUGUACUGUGUGUCCGACGACGCUAUGAAAACGGACCAACUCCGCCGAAAAUAGAACGGUCGCGGAUUCCUGGGCUAAAUCUCAAAUAUCCAGACGGGUGCGCCAUCUAAGCCAGUUAAAACAGUCCCGCGAAAAGUUACCGAGCCCCACUUCUUGUCUGAACGUCUGCCAGUGAAGACCGGGAGGGAACCAACUAACACCACACAAAAUGAGCGACCUCAGCAAGAACGACGUUGAAAGGGCAUCCUUCGCCUUCUCCAUCUACGACUUCGAUGGAAGCGGCAAAAUCGAUGCCUUCAACCUAGGAGAUGUCUUGAGGGCAUUGAACUCCAACCCCACAUUGGCCACCAUCGAGAAGCUCGGUGGUACCAAGAAGAAGGGCGAGAAAACGCUCACCCUUGAAGAGUUCCUUCCCAUCUACAGCCAAGCAAAGAAAGACAAAGACCAGGGACAGUACGAAGACUUCUUGGAAUGUCUGAAACUGUACGACAAGAACGAAAACGGUCUUAUGCUUGGCGCCGAGCUUACACACACGCUCCUUGCGUUAGGUGAGAAACUGGAAGAUACUGAAGUCGCUGAAGUCACAAAGGACUGCAUGGACGCUGAGGAUGACGACGGCAUGAUCCCCUAUGCACCAUUCCUGAAGAAGGUGAUGGCGUAGAGGCGACACAUCUCGUCAUAUCUUUAGUAAUAAGAUCCGUUCCUCCGAAAAAUGUGCGAUGGGUGGCAGGGACCUAAGCCAAAGGGCGCGGCGGCAGAGGGAGAAGCUCCUGCGGAGGGCUAAGUGGCUGUAGCCUGCGCUGGCGCCCGCACGGCGGACGUCGUGCUGCGCUCGCGCACGAGUGCGCCACCGCCGCCGCCGCCCGCCCUGCGACGCCCUCGCCCCACCCUCGGUUACAUCGACACCCCGUAUACGCCAUCUUAGAUACGGACUACCCCCUUUUUUAUACGAAGAACAUCUAUGCACAAUCGUUUUGUACAACUUUCUACCUAUGACUGUACAUACUAAAGUAAGAUUAAAUUAAACAUACUGUAAACACACGUUGUACGUGUCUUUUAAAUUUAUUAUUAUUUAUUAAGUACGUUUAUAAUGACAAAAAUACAAAAAACCGU